CAACCAGUCAGUUUGUGCCGGAGUGUUGUAGAGGUUGGAUCUGUGUUGGAUUUUUUGUGCGCUGAGAACAGUAACCCGCAUUUGAAUCGUAUUUUAUAAAUCAUUUAUCUGUUAAGGUACAUUUCAAUUCGGUUUUAACAUGUUAAAAUGUGAUUGAAACAGUUCUGACUUCAAGUUUAACAAGUUCUAAGCAUCGUGAACUCAAAACAGGAAUUCGUUUUGUUGCAAGUUAACAAGUUUUUUGCUUUGUUUUGUUUUUGUAUUUACUUAUAUCGAAAACAAAAAUAAUCGGAUCUCUUGACGAUUUCAGCUGCAACUUUCAGUUUGUUUCUUGUUCAAAAUUCUACAAAUUCACCGGAGUUUAGGAAAUUGAGAAUCAACUAACAGCCGGCUCUUGCAUGGAGGCGUGCUAAUUUGGAAUACCUACAUUAUCAAGGGACGUUGAAAAGCUAUGGGAGCAGAUCACCGCCUAUACUUCAAGGCGCUUGAAUGGUGAACGGAGGCGGCACCCAGUUGUCGUCAGGGCGGCGAGAUGUGAGCGGGGGCGGUGGUGGUGGAGGCGGUAGAGUAGGCUCGCGCUGUCGGUGGAUCCUGCGGGGGUGUCUGGCAGUGCACCUGUCCCGUUGCGACCCUCGCCGACCACCUCCACCGCCCCCAGAUCCCCCGCCUCCCGUCCACAAUGCCACCGAGCACUAUUGGAUGUACGACAGCGGCUACCUCAUUUUUCAGGGCUUCCUGGAGGCGAACCUGAAAUGCUUCUGGAACGUGAGCCUGAUGGAGGCGGUGCGGCAGCUGGAGUUCCAGGGGUAUGUCGCCCCCGGAGUUCUUCUCAUCACCGCCAACCCCUGUGCCUUGGAGGUCGUCCGCUCCGCAUGGGCCAGGAAUGUCCUCAAACCCCCACCCAGCUAUUCGCUCACUCUAGUCGGUGACGUGGACGACUGUUUGGUGCAACCGAUAGCGCAAGGCCAGUUCACACCGCUGCCUGAAGCCUUGUGCUGGGUGAUACUGGAGCUGACCGCCAAGGGACACUCGGCCGUCAUCGAGUCAAUCAAAUCGACGCUCAGCGACGUCUUUCCCGACAUCCAGCGGCCGUCGCAUCACGUCAUCUAUGACACGUUGGCGCAGCUGUCUGCCGAGAGAAAGGUUUACCAAACGUCAGCGGGCUACUUUGUAAUGACGCCGGAGAACCGGCGACUGCGCAGUCGAUCACGAGCGGACCGUGACCAGGAGGAGGGUGGAGGCGGAGGCGGUGGGGGUGGCAGGCAGGUUUUGAUGUCAACAGAGGAGGCGGUGGCCUACGUGCAUGGCGAGAUGGAGACACUCAGGGAUGGCAGUCUCACGCACCAGGCUAUACAGACCAACCUGGCCGAUGUCAUUUGUGGAGGGAAUCCGGCCGACAAGAUUCUGUAUGGCCGUUUGCCGAGUAGGAGAGGCGGGGGCGGUGGCCUAGAGAGGCGGCACUCGCUACGACUGUUUGGCAGCAACAAGCGGCUGACCGCCUUGCAGCGCAGUGGCUCCAUGCGGCUGCUGUCCGCCCACAGGCACCACGACACCGCAUCCGUGUCCGACAGCACCGUUGUCAUACCACCAAAAAAACAUAUGUCUCUGUUGUCGAGAAUCUUCAGACGGUCGAAGAGGCGACUGGUGGGUUCAGGGGGGAGUCGAUCUCCCCUGUCGACGUUUUCGGCGCAGUUCCCCCCCACCGAGUGGUUCAACUCUCGCGUCGUGCAUCUGCACUCAGUCGGCACUCAAACUCAGGUCUCAAGAGCCAGUCCUUCUCCUAGGGGAAAAGAAGACUGGUGCAGUGAAGAGCAUAGUGCCACAUUACCAAGACGCCACCGGAGACAGAGCUCUUCCUCGGGACUGGGAACACCGAUGAGUCAUCCACCUUCAAGACGCACCUCACCGAGUCCCAUCUCGAAAACACUGACACCGUCAACGAGCAGCAGCAAGAGUGUAUCACCAAGUCGAAGCUCUCUCUCCUCGAGCAAAACUGUCGUCAACAGUCGCUGCCUCUCCUCUCCCACGGCCAAGUCCCUGUCCAGUUCGUCUUCAGGCUACAACUCUCUGCCCAGGUCCAAAAGCCCAGGCAGGAGUGCAACACCCCGGGGAUCGCCUCUCCAUGCGGCCACACCCAAACUAUCACCCAACAAAAGCUCCAUCACACUCCAGGUGUCCACCAACCAAAACCCCAACAGUCCUGGCUUGGGCAGCAUAAUCUCCUCAGUGAAAUCAUCACUCGGCGAUGCAUCAAGUCUUGAUGACAAGAGCUCAACAACCAUGACCACCACAAUCAACAGCUCCAACAAGACUAAGAUCUUUGUACAGCAACAGAACUCUCCUGUCAGGUCUGUCAUCACAUUUGAAAAUGGCGUCAACAAGUCGUCAGGAAUGGGAAGGGAGGAUAUCAUUGUUUUAAACCCCAGUAAACCCGAUGUCAAACAUUCGAAUGAUACUGAUCUAGAUUCAAAAAGGCUGAGGCAUAAGAUUGAUCGACCUACUUCAUUGUAUCACCCCAAGGAAAAUGAAGACAAGAAUGAAAAGAUAAUGGGGCAGUUGGAAACUCAGCUUAAAAUGAAGUUUCCCUCCUCUGAAACUAUACAACUCGAGGAGAAGCUCUUAGCUUCAACUAAAAAUAACAAGAAUAAUCAAAGGCAGCAAAUGUCGAGUGACCGAUCCAAAAAUGCCACACUCAAAGCUGGCAGUUUGGUUGACAUGUCGAAUGUCAAUUUUGGAAAUGAUUCAGAAUUGAAUAACGUUCGCAAGUGUUCGAUUUCGUCUAUUCCCCUGCAACCAUCAAGCUGCAAGGAGAAUUUGAGCUUCAACAAUCUGUUGAAGUCGAGUGAGCACUCUCAGAUUCCUUUGAUAUUCAAUAAGGGUGAGAAAAAUCUUUGCAGCAAUCCACCAAGCCCUACAAAAUCUCUGGGUAAUAUAAACGACUCAUUCAGCAACUAUAUUAUUCACGACACAGAUAAAGUUAAUGGUCCAGAAGUGAAUGGCAAAAUAGCGCCUGACUCGUCUGAUCUGCCAUCGUUUCCAAGUCUCAGUGACUUGUCGCUACAUUUUACCUCGAUCGCUGCGCAGAAUAUCCUCAAAGGAGUCAGCAUCAAUUCCAUUGAUACACUUGUUGAAGUCAAUAUGGCCGCUGAAAAACAGAACAACUGCGAUGUCACCAUACACACUGAUUUCGGUUGUGUUUAAAUGAAUCUUUAGUUCGCUGAAUCUUGAAUAUGUCUUCCAAAAGUGCAAUGAUUCAUAUCAAUUAACAUUUUGUAUCACACAAUAAGUUUACAGUCAAUCAAUAUUAAUAAAAUAAUCAUGGACAUAUCUAGACGAUCUGUGCUGAACUGACUAGAAUAAUAAUACAUUAAGAAACCUUACGCACAAUUCCCAUUUUAUUUGAUAACAAUGUAAUACUAUACAUUAUAUUACGCAACUAUACUUUGGCCUUAUGUCCUGAGUCCUCCUUGUGGACUCUGCUGGAAAAAAAUUAUAACUUACAUUGAAAAGAUAAUGUUUGUAUUAUUGAUUUCAUAGGGAGAUUAAUACUCUCUGGAAUUCAUUUAGCUUUCAUGAGCUUUAUUUAUUGUCCUUGAUGAUAACUAUCAUGUUUAUAAUAUAAUUUGAAGAUACAUAUUGUAAAUAGAUACUUUUGAAGUUUUUGUUGCUUCUUUUGCUACAGACAUCUUAAUGUUUGAAAUUUUGAGAAAGUAAAUCGGAGCAGUUUAAUAAUAAUUUAAAUAUUUAUUGAAACUGUUAUUUUAUUAACUUGUAACAUAAUCUCUUUAUUACAAAAUGUAAUUAAUUUUCUGUGCCAUGUAGAGAAUCGUGUUGAUUACCAGUCAGUUAUAAUAUACAUUUAUUCAAUUAUUUGGUUGUUUUGCUUUUGCUUUCAGAGUUUGGCAAGCUUCAUGUUGAAAUGGUUUCCAUUGAAAACUGAUCCUUCCCACUAGUAUAAUAUAACUUGUUUCGUUGUUUCCAAGUAAUGAUCCAUAGAAUUUAUCAGUUUUUGAAAUUGUAGAUUCUAAAUUCAAUAUGGUCGCUUAAAAACAUAUAAAACAAGACAAUUUUGAUAGCGAUUGUAUUUAAUUCAAUUAAGUAAUGAUUGAUAUUAUUCACUUAUGUUCUGAAAGUAUGAGUAUGUACUCUUCAAUCAAGUCAAUAAAAAAAUUAGACUACUAUUCUCUUCAAAAUAAUAAAAAAUAGUGCCUAACACUUCUAUCUAAGAAUUUUUAUUGAUCACAUUUGAAUCAAUGCCGUUAAUUAAAAUCAAAAACUAUGUGCCAGUAUUUAAUAAACAUAGGAUACGGUACGUGAUGAAUAGAACUUUAUAUUGAAACUGUAAAGUGUCUGGUGAAAUCUUCUUGAAGCUGUUCUCUGAAAAAUAAAGAACUGAACUGAUUGCAUUGAAUUAAAUUGGAAUAUAUUUCUAGAAUAAUUUAUUCAAGAUAGUUUUAAUAAAAAUAUUACGAAAAACAGAAUUACGCGAACUCCAUUAACCAGCUCAAUCCUUCAAUUUUUAAAGUAUAUGGUAUUGAAUGUUUUUUUUUUCAAUAUCCAGUGUGAAUUAAAACAGCUUAAUGUAAGUUUGAAUGUAAGAAAAUGUUUAUUACUAUAUCAUUAAAAUCAAAAUAAUGUACUUUGACAAUUUUUGAAGAUUUACAAUAUUAUUGGCUAUAUACCUACUAAUUAGAAAAAUUAAAAUAAAUUGUGGCCUUCAAAUUCAAUUAAGAAAUCUUUAGAAAUUUUUCCACAAAAUCUAAGUUGGAGACAAUUGAUAAAUAUUAAUGAAUCGUAAUUUACCCUAGAGAUUGCAUUCCAGCUCCUUUAUCACAUUUUGGCAGGACUAUUAACAUCCUGCUGUAUCAUUUCAUAAUAUUCUUAAUCAAGAUUGAAUUAAUAUAUAACAAUUUAAUUUCACACUCAAUUUCCUAUUAAAUAAAAAUGAACCAUUCAUUCAAAAACUGUUCAGACUUCUCAUGAAUUUUUGUAACAAGAACAUUAACAAUGAUACUGUGCUCCUUAUAUCAGUAUUCAUUCUUGUAUCAUUUUGAAUCUUGCAUCCAGCCUGUUUUAUUGUUUAUCAUUCCAACCUUUGAACCUUUGUUCAACUAUUAAAGAAAUAACUUCAACCAUUUUCAUUGUGGAAAUGACGAACUCCAACCACAUUGUGUUAUUUCCUAGAAUUUAUGCUGCUCAAUGUAAAUACUAGGAAAUUCAUAAUAGUUUCCUAUAAUCUACUAAUUCUAUGAUCAUGCAUUUGAUAAGGGUAAGUUAAUCCCUUAUCAUUGUGUGAUUAAUAUUCUCUGUAAUCCAACUUAUUCAACACGAACACGAGAAAUUCUUCUUUUUAUUGAACUUAAACUUGACAUAGCCUAUUCUGUUUCUAAGCUAUCCCUUCUAUUUUGAAUAUUCUGAACCUUCCUUCAACUAUUAAUUUUUGGCUACUGUAUUUCAUAAUCUCCCAUUGAAUAAUUGGAUACCGAUACUGAUUAUCUUACUGGAGGUAGAUGACAUAAUAUUAUACCCAAUUAAAAAACUCUCUUUUGCAGUUAUUGUAGUCUUGUAAUUAAUAAACAUGAAAAAGAUUUGGCUUAUAACAAUUUGAAAGCAGGUCUACAGUAGCAGGUCUUCUUAAAGUCUGCCUGCACAUUACUGUGAAUUAAAAUUUCAACAAACUUAUUGUACUGUACUAGAUUCUUCAACUCAAUUCGAUUUCUAUAAUAAAUAAUAGCCUUCGUCUAGUCUUCGCAUUUUAAUACUAUCACUUCUACUAGAGAGAUAAUAGUUUUUCGAUGCUGGGGUAGUGAGGACAACCACUAUGGAAAUGAUCAUUUGAAUAUAAUCAAAUACAUUCUAUAAUGCCUUAUAGUAACAAACAAGGCUAUAUUGUAAUCAAAUGUAGAACAAUCAAAACUUAUUGUAUACUGUAUAGAUAAACGUACCUAUUUUGUAAAUGCAUUGAUUUUAGAAUAGUUACAAGAGAAAAUUGCUAUUACGUAUUUGAACUGAUCGAAUUAACCUUGGAUCUGACUAUUGCUUCUAAUGUGUAGCCUACCAUUGCACUGUAAUAAUGUUUUCCUGUGUAUAUUACUAUGAUUUGCCAAGUUUAUGUAUCAGUUUGUAACAUUAAUUUUUUGUUUGUAUCCAUUUAACAAAUAAACUAUUGGCUUAUAA